CGUCCGUCCGCGCCGCCAUGGAGUCCCAGGUCCGCCAGAAUUACCACCGCGACUGCGAGGCCGCCAUCAACCGCAUGGCCAACAUGGAGCUCUACGCCUCCUACGUCUACCUGUCCAUGGGCUUCUACUUCGAUAGGGACGACGUGGCCCUGUCGCGACUGUCGCGGUACUUCCUGGAGCAGUCGCGGGAGGAGCGGGAGCACGCCGAGGGGCUGCUGCGCUUCCAGAGCAACCGUGGCGGCCGCAUCCUGCUGCAGGACAUCAAGAAGCCGGAGCGGGACACCUGGGGCUCGGCGCUGGAGGCGGUGGAGGCGGCGCUGCAGCUGGAGAAGUCGGUGAAUCAGGCGCUGCUGGAGCUGCACGCCCUGGCUGCCGAGAAGGGAGACCCCCACCUCUGUGACUUCCUGGAGUCACACUACCUGGACGAGCAGGUGAAGGCCAUCAAGGCUCUGGGCGACCACGCCACCAACCUGCGGCGCCUCAGCAACGGCGGGGGGGCCCCGAGCGGCCUGGGCGAGUACCUGUUCGACCGCCUGAGCCUGGAGGAGCGCAGCUGAGCCGCCCCCGACAACCCCGAGCCCCCAGACCCUCGUAACCCCCCGCCCCAGCCAAGGGGGCUUCGCCUGCUGGGCUCUCCCAGCAUGAUUCCCAUAAAGGGUCUGUCUCUGCCUCCUCUG